ACAAGUGGAACGUGGUCUUGUUUGAUCACAUGCGGUGGAGUCUCCUUAACGUCUCUGAAACGUGCCCCCAGAAGGCAGCAAAGCUCUCUGGAGAGGUUGUCUGGACCUCCUUGUAUGGAGGUUGUGCCUCCUUGUAUGGAGUCCCCAGUCACUAAGACAAUGCUGAGCAAUGGCACCCGGCAGCUGCUGCCUGGCAGGGCCUCUCCCUCACCCCAUCACCUGAGGUGAUUCCCUGAUCCAGCACAGAACAUGUCCACCCCAGAGCUGAGUGCGUCACAAAAACAUGCUGUGUUCUGAGGCCAGCAAGGUUGCCCAGCAUGCAGUCUGGUCCCCAGCCCAGGGCACGUCAUUCUCUGUGAGGUGACACUCCUCGGUGUGAUGUCACAGUUGUUGCCACCUACACCCCUGUGGCGGCGGUGGGAGCGGUGGCCCAGUCUCUUGUGAGAGGCGCAGGAAGAGGACCCAGAGAGAGCAUUGUGUCUAUCUGGAGAUAUCCUGCUGUGAUGGAGCGGCUGAGAGCCCUUCGAGGUCUCUUUGCCUGUGUGGGCUGCGUGCCCAGACAUACGCGUCGCAGGGCCAGAGGCAGGGUGGCAAGCCCUGUCCCCCCCUGUGCCGUGACUUUGCUGCUGCAGCGCCUGCAAGACCAGGAGGGUGACCGAGCACAGGCGUACUGCGAGCUGGAGCACGUCCUGCGGGAAGGUGACAGCCGCCCGCCGUGCGGAGUGGUGAACCGGCUGCUGGCUGAGGUGUCCCAGGACCUGACAGCAGCCCAGGGCGUGCCACACAGCGUGAGGAUGGCUGCCAGCAAUGCCCUGGUGGCUCUGGCCCGGACACACUUCAGCUUGGUGAUGGCCGAGCUCCAGGGCCACCUGAAAGCCGUGGGGGAGAUGUCCAAGGAGUUUGUGCUCAUCACCCUGAGCAAACUGUUCAGCAGCUACGCUCCACAGUGCAUCCCCUUCGUGUGGCUGAUGCUGGCCGGCCUGCACAGUGUGGUGGGCUGGGUGAGAGGCGGCCGGACCCUGCGCAUUGCUUGUGCUGUUGUGAAACAAUGGCUGGAAGGAGUCAAGGCUCACUUGUGCUCUGGAAAGCAAUGCCCCUGGCCUGCCAUGGAGAUGGAGCAGAUCUACAAGAAUCUUUCCCAGCUCUUCUUCUCUGUGCUGAGGAACUGGCAGGAGUGCAAGGAGGAAAAGGACAAACAGGCCGUCCUCGGGGCUGUGGCUGCCAUGAUGGCUGUCCUCCUUCAAGAGGAGCUGUGCCAAGAGCACGUUUGGGAGCAGCUUCUCCGGCUCGUGCACCCGUGUCAGGAGGUCCAAGACACCUGCAGGGGGACCAAGAGCCUCAAUAUCUUCCUGGAGGCCUUAGAAGGAGUUGAGUCUGUCAUCCCCAAGGACAAGUUUCUGGCCAUCACCAGUGCCGUGUUCUACCAGCUCUCUGACGACACCAAGGAGCACAGCGAGGCUGACAGAGCAGAGCUGACCCACUGCAUCCUGCUGCAGGCCCGAAUCUGCCCCGAGGAAACGGUCCUGUUUCUGCAGUCACAGCUGGGCGCUGACAGGGAGGCUGGAUGCGUGGCAGCCCUGGGUCUGCUCGGUGCUCUGGCUCGCUCUGAUGAGCCCAUGAUGACAGAGAAGCUGCCCCAGGUUGUGGAGGCUGUACAGUGUCUGUGCAGCGACCCCAGGAUCCAGGUGAGCUGA